CAACCAGCCAGAACCAGAGAUCCACUUUGGACUUCCUCUCUUUCUGGGCUUCCAUCUGUAAAAGCCUGUUUCUCUGUGGCUGCAGCAUGCUUUCAGGAGCCUGUUGACCAGACAGGAUGUCGUCAGACCUCUACCUCAGCGAUGGUCAGUCAGAGCGGGGGUUCGUCCCCUUGGACAUCGACAACGUCCAGAUUCUGCUGCAGGUGGAACAGGAGCAAAUCCAGAAGAGAACCUUCACCAACUGGAUCAAUGCUCAGCUGGCAAAGCGGAGGCCGCCAUCUAAGAUUAGAGACCUGUUCCAUGAUUUCCGUGAUGGCUCUAAGCUGCUGGAUCUACUGGAGGUGAUGAGCGGUCAGCGCAUCAAUCGGGACAAAGGACGAGGGAUGUUUCAGAGCAGGAGCAACAUUGAGAAAGCACUUUCCUUUCUGAAGAAAAAAUCGGUCAAACUGGUCAACAUAAACAUUCCUGACAUCAUUGAAGGUAAACCCUCCAUCAUUCUGGGCCUCAUAUGGACCAUCAUCCUUCAGUAUCAUAUCGAGGAGCUGGCCAGCUGCCUCUCCUUUGAUUCCCGCCAGUCGUCCAUGGAGUCUUUGGCCAGUUUGGACACUCGCUCCACGCUCUCCAGCCGCUCGGCCAGCAGCAGCCCUGUUCCUGCUAAAGGCUCUCCUCUACAUAGCCGCUUUAGGGUUUCUGCAAAGAAAGCUCUGCUGCUCUGGGUGCGGGAGCAGUGCCACAGAGCUGGCUGCACCCUGAGCAUAAAGGACUUCAAGGCGAGCUGGAGGAGCGGCGUCUUGUUUCUCGCCAUCCUGAAUGCUCUCAGACCCAACCUGGUCAAUCUGUCCAAAGCCAGAACCAGGACCAACAAGCAGAACCUGGAGGAGGCCUUCCACAUGGCAGAGAUGGAGCUAAAGAUUCCUAGACUCUUGGACCCCGAUGAUGUAGAUGUCAGAGAUCCAGAUGAGAAGUCCAUCAUGACCUACGUGGCUCAGUUCCUGCAGUACUCCAGAGAUGUGCCGGCCCAAGAGGAGGAGAUGCAGACACAGAUCUUGACUCCUCCUAAAAGCCCUUCACCUGUCAGCCUGCCUGUUCACUACACUCCUGCUAUUUCUGCUUCACCUCUACGGCAGGCGACGCCGGAUCGAAAGGCGCAGGAAGUGACCUGCUGGCUUCUUCAGGCCUAUGAUGAGCUGUUGGAAGGAUGGGACUCCACAGAAGGAGAAAGCUACUCUGAGCGAUACCAUGUUUUCCAGACCUUCCUGGUGUCUUUCAAUGAGCAGCGCCGGCCCAUCAUGCCUUUGCUGACCUCCAUGAAACGAGCCCCAAAGCUGAGCGAGCAGCAGCAGGCUCUGAGGGAAGCCUGGGAAUCCCUCAAUCAAAAGCUGCAAGAAUACAAAGCUGAGUUAGACCGGAGUCUCCCGGCCCCCCUGGACACCAUAGCUCAGUGGUUGGUUAAAGCAGAAGGAGCUUUGGCGGAGGAACAGGGGGAGCCCCCGGAUCACGGCCGUGCCGCUGAUGAAGCCAGAGAGAAACAAGAGCUGCUCAAGAUCUGUUUGGAUGAGAUGCCGCAGCAGCUGAAAGUCUUCCAGUCCUUCCCAAACCUCAACGAGUUUGGAAACACAAUGGUUCCAUCAGAAAAGAUGGAUGAGCUGAAGAGAAGCCAAGACCAAAGCAGCAUACUAGCAGACAAAGGAAGAUGCACCGCCGUCCUCAACAGUUCAGAUUACCAGGACAUGAUUCUCAAUCUACUGAGUGACACCAACACGUUUGAAAAGAUACCAACACACCUACAAAACAAAAUCACAGACUACCUCAAACAAGAAAUAAACAAACAGGAACUGCCAUCUGUGCUGGAAGCUGCCCUUCAGAAGCUGAAACACAUUGCAGAGAAAUAUUCCAGUAAAUCUGCCCUUGCUGCAGAUUACCACCGUGUCAGUCAGCAGGUGAAGCAGCUUGAGGAGAACACUGCUGCGGUUCUGGAGGAGAUGUCCUCAGCCAGGAUCAGGAUGAGCCGGGUCCUGUCCGCCUGGGACUCCUACAAUGACUGCCAGAGCUCCAUUCAGGCGUGGCUUGAACAGGGCUCUGUGACUCCCAGCCAUGGACACUCAUGGAUGGCUUCUCAAUGGGUGACGUUUGAGUCCAUGAGUGAGUGGGGCUCCAGGCAUGCCCAUUUAAAUGAGGUGAGCCAGUUUCUGAUGGAGUGCACAGACCCUCAGACCAGCAGAGCUCUGGCUGAGGAGCGGCGGAAACUCAACAAGCACUGGGCAGAGUUUGUAGAAAGAACCAAUCUGGAAAACUCAACAGAGCGGAGUGCUGAUGUCACAGCUAGCACCUUCCAGGACCUCCAGCAUUUGAUCAGAGAGGCCACUCUGAUUCUUAAAGAGCCUCUGGAAGCAAUGGCGGGUCCUUUAAGAGUGUACAGGAAACGGCUACAGUUCACAAUAAGAAAGAUAAAGGAAGUAAAUCUUGGUACCCUUGAGCCAUCUGCAGAGUGUCCACCUGAUCAGCUACAGAAACUCCGGCUUGCUAUUCCUGAAGUAAUGCAAACCCUGUUUGAAGCUGAAAAGGUUUGUGCUGAGCUCCAGCAUAGUGUCACUGGGUUGGACACCAGACUAGCUGAACUCCUUCUCUGGGAAAUCGAGGCCAGGGAGUUGUACUCAGUGCUGAGAGCCACAGAUCGACAACAAUCAGUACAAGGCCAGGACCCACGAGCCAGGAUCAUCAUUUCCCGUGGUCUUCAACUAGAGGGCCAGGUGGUCACAGAGGAGCAGGACCUACAGGUUAUCGUUAUGACUAGUCAGAAAACCACCCCCAUCCAAUACCUUCAUGCAUCUGCUAUGCAGAAACGGGUCCAAACUGCCGUUUCCCAGUCCCAGGAAGCUAUCGGUUUGCUCAGUAGCCUGGGUUCAAGGAGAGACAGAAGCAGAAGCCCUCCUGAAGCUGUCCAACCAUCAAAAGUCUUCAUCCAGGCUAAAGCUACACCUCAACACCUGAGAGAGUCAGAGACUGCACUGCCAACUCAUCAGUCAGAGAUGAACGUCAUCUCACAUUGGAGUCAGGAAACCUUUGUGCCAAAGAUAGUAGUGCAAGAAAGCAGAGAAGAAAAGAUGUCUCCACCAAUGCCAUAUACCUAUGCAGAGGCUGUUAUGCAGACAGGUACAAGGGCACGUGAAGAGGUCCAAUUUCAGGUUUGCCAAAAUGCCAGCGUGGAAAGAAAUCAGAAAGUUCAAGAUACCCAUGAGCAACAAGUCCUGCAAAAGGAACUUUCCAAAAAAUCUGAUCAAGAAAAGCUCCAAGCAUUAAAUUACAAACUGGAACCCAAACCAGAAGAAAAGAAAGAGAAAGAGAUGGUUCUAGAGCAACCACGCAAGGCCAAGCAGAAGGAACAAGAAAAUGAGAGCAUAGUUUGUCAGGUUCAAUUUGAACAGCAGAGCCUUGCAAAUGUAAAAGAAGAAACCCCUUUUAAACUGACAGCUGACAUUUAUCAGGAGAGUUCACAUCAGCAACCACCUGCAAAGAAAAAGUAUCUGAGUUCAAAAGAACUCCAGAGCAGAAAGGCUCAGGCAACAAAAAAUCGACCAUGGCUUCAGAAAACAACCCUAGCAGAAAAUAAAAGCCCAGAAUCUUCUCAAAAACAAGAUCCUGUCCAUUCAAGACAAGUCAAGUCACAGUUAAAAAGAGAAACAAAGUCUGCUCAGGUUGUUUCCCAAAAUACACCCAGAGGUAGGGCACACCCAGAAUUACAACAAAAGGUGACAAAGCAGUCACCAAAUGAACAACACCAGUCUUUAAGGUUAGACCAGCAACAGCGACAAAAGACGCAGGUUCAAAGCUUUCAGAAACGGGUACAACCACCUGUAAAGCAGGCUGAACCUGAUUUAGAAAACAAGGGUCAAUCCCAAGUCCAGUCUUUUACAAAGCCAGAAUCUACUGCAAAGGUUCAGCCUCAGUCAGCGGCCCAGCCUCAAGAACAGUCCAAAGGUCUGGCUUAUACUUGUGCGAAUAGUCAACUAACAACCAUGUCCCAAACCAGAAUAGGUGAAACUCUGUCACAGAAACAAACAUCCCCACUAAACCAGAGUCCCUCUCAAACAAGUGUCUUUUAUGGAUCUCGGCUUCCCUUGAAUACGCUGGAAGGGCCUCCAGUCAGACCCACCCCUACAGUUCAGGCCCCUCUACCAGGUCCCAUCCAACUCCCUUUGCCUUCCCAUAUCCAGCUUCGUAGUCAUCCACAGUCUUGGGCUCCUGUUAGACCACCUUCUCCUAAGCCACCAACAACUGAUAGGCCUGAAACCUGUGGUCAGCAAAGUUUCACUCAGUCUCAAUCCCAGCUGCAGUUUUUUAAGCAAUCUCAUCUUCUCAGUCCUUCAACUCCACAAAUCCAAGCAAAUGAUCAAUCUCCUGCCCCACAUCAGCCUCGGGCUUAUCUUCAAAGCCCUUCCCAGUCAGUUUCCCAGGCUCAAAUCAGUCCUCAACAAAGAGCAAUCCUUCAAACUGAUGCCCUUUCCACAGAGCGAGCUGUCAAAUCAAAGUCAGGGGCCAAUCAGCCUCAAACACCAAUUUACGAUGAAUCAAAAUGUCAACCUGUAGUCCAUUAUCAAGCUCGUUCAGCCUCUGAUCCCACAAGUCUCACUCAGCCAGCAGUCCUACACCAAGGUCUUUAUUCUCAAGGCCAACUGCCUGCUUGGCAUGAAGUUGGAGGUGGGACACAAAUGCCUAUCCAACAUCUUCAAACUACUGUUCAACCUUUUCCUUACCUUAAUAUAUACCCCCAGCCUUGUUUUCCAUCCCAGCAGUGGGCAGAAAAACAAGAACUACAAAAUCAAGCCAUUUCCCAACACAGGCACCCAGUUUCACAAUUAUACCCUCAGCAGAUGACUCAUGCUUUACAUUCUCAGGGGUAUCCAGCAGGUCAAGCCUCACCCCAGUGGGCUCAGCAAGGAUCUCAGAUCAGUCCCCAUGGCUAUAUUGUUGGUCUAUCCUGUACAAAGCCUCAAAUAAGUCCCCAGACAAGCACACCAUCCUGGACUCAAGCCCAUUCCCAACAGAGCCAUAUCCAACAGGGCCCUCCAAUAGGAGCUUAUCCUUUAGUACAGAAUGAACAAGGUCAGAUUCAGCAAAAGACCUGGUUCCAGCCUCAGCCUCAGGCUUACCACCAGCCUGUGUCUCAACCUUAUUUUCCAGCUCAGCAAUCAAUCCACGGGCAACAUCACACUCAGCCUCAGAUGCAAAUUCAAAUACCUCUACAACCACCGCCCCCACACAAUGCUCCUCCUCAGCUCUCUACACAGAACCAAGGACACACUCCUCAAGGCCAGUCCCAAACACAAACCCAGCAGCAACCAGCGCUACAAACUAAAAUACAUACCAAAACCAAUCAGCUUCCGUCUAUAACCCCUAUUCAGUGGUCCUCUCCUCAGCCCACACAUGCCCAGGUGCUGCCAAACCCAGUGCCUGAGAGCAAAAGUUCUUCACCUCCAGAACCCAAACCUCUGGCCUUAGCACACUCAGAUCCAUCAGUUGUGUGUUUACCAUCUCAGCCAAAGGUGGAGCCAUCAGUUGGCUUAGAGAAAGAAGGUGUAACUGAUCACAAACAACAAAUUGCCACAGCAACAGUAAAUAUUGAGUCUUCACCAAAAGACGGGGAACAGAAAUGCAUUAAUGAAGAAACUGUGACCCAAUCAGAGACAUGGUCCAAAGCACAUUCUCUAGAUGUAACUGGUGUCGUGUCUGUCAUACAGCCUUUACCUGAACCUCAGGGGCAGAAAAUGUCUGUGGUAGUAAGACCGAGCAAGAUUGAUAUUGAAUCUACACAGCCACCCGGCAUGACAUCAGAAACUGCCUCAGAACCAACAGCUCAGACACAAAUUCAGCCUGUUGUUCAACCAGCGACUGAACUUAAGGCACAAUCACUAACACCGUCCAAACCCCAGAGCCAGUUCCCAAGUCCAACCCAGCAGCAGCCUCAGUCACCAAUGCUGAACAAGUCCCAAACUUCAACACAACCCAGGGCCUCAUUUUCACCUCAGACAAGUCCUAAGACUAGACCAGUACCUACAAUGGCUCCUCAGAAUAAGGACGAAUCAUCAAAUCUCUCUCCUGAGACAUUUCUUCUGCCUCAAGCUCCUGCUAAGGCCUACACAGAAGCCUACGCAAAGGCCCAGGCUCUGGCCCGCAACCACUUUGAAGAGGCCAAGCACUGCCUGCAGGCCCACAUCAUCGAAGCAAUCUCUGUCUUCAAAGAUAGACGCUUGUCACCUGAGCAGGUCUCAGCCAAAGAGCGGACUCUAAAGACCCUUGACCCAGAGUUGCUAGAGGAGUUCCUGAGAGCAGCCAAAGGCAUGGAGGCCUUCUGCACUCAAUCUCAACUCAAAGAGAUGGAGUUCUUCACGCAGUCUGUGCAGUCACAGUGGAAGGAUGUGAGAGCUGAUAUCUCAGGGUUUUUGCAACAGUUGAGAUUUGAAGUAGCAAGAAAAGCUUUUAGCACAGGUUUGAGGGACAGUGAGAUGAACUUAAGAUCCUCCAGAAAAGGUCAAACACAGGCCUGUUUCUCAGCUGACUUUACGAAGGCUGAGCAGCACUUGGAGGCUCUGCAAGGGCUGAGUAGGACCCUGAGUCCUGAGGAGGCUCACCGCCUGGCUCAGACUCAGCUCCUGGAGUGUGAGAAGAGGCUGGCUGCCAUUCAGCAUCAGCUCAGCAGAGAGCAGGAUUCACCGCAGCCUGAUUCAAGUGGACCUAAUGAAGCGUCUGUGGAGAGCACUUCGACUGGGCCUGAGGUGACAGGAGAGGAACCUCCUUCAGAGGUCACCGAGCAGAGGACGUCUGAGGACAGGCUGGACGCUGACAUGCAGACAUCCAUGGAAGAAAUCACAAAGAAGGAGGCUGUAGAAAGAUAUGAAACCUGCAAACGGACGCUGCAAGCUCAGCUGGCCAAAAACGAGCAGAGCUUCAGAGAGGAUCCCUCUGACUUCAUCUCCCUGAAAGGCCUUCACACACGACUCCAAGAAAUACAGUUCCUUAGGCAGGAGACCGAGGUACUCUGGUCCGAUUAUGUAAACCAGUCUUCCCAGUGUUCCCAGUGGAGUGGGGAGUCAUGGGUGGAGCAAGAGAAGGCCGAGCUGCUGGAGCGGUGGCGCCAUCAACAGACAGCCCUCCAAAGGAGAGGCAGUUCUUUGGGCGCCGCCCUCAGACAGAUCGAUUCCACAGAGAACCACAUGGUGGACUUCAACGACCGCCUGGACCGCUACUUGAGACACUCCAAGGACAUCAGCGGCUUCACUCUGGCCAGCGCCAACAUCCUGAGGGACAUCAAGGAGCUCCAUGACAACAUUCAGAGCGAGUUGGAUCAGUUGUCCCGACUGGACCUAGAAUCCAGUGACCUGGACCCCAGAGAAUGCUUCCCUCUGACUCGAGAAGUGGAGACCCAUAAAGCCAGCCUUGAUCAGCUACGACAACAGGUCCAGAAGAGCGAAGCGGCGGCCCGUGCUCUCGACCGAUUUCUCGUUUCACUCAGCAAGGUGGACGAUGACAUAUCUGGGGUCCAAGGGGCCCCCUGCAGUGAUCCUGUGGUACUGCAAGACUGUCGCUGCAAGCUGUCUCUGAUCAGACAGAGCAUUGACAGUCUGAAAGAAAAGGCCCCUCAGCUGGACCUGCUGCUGCAGGGGGCCAGGCUGACCGUCACCAGGGACGGGUCCCCGGCCUCCUGCCUCGACAUGGUGACCGUCCUGCUGAGGAGGCUGGAGGAGGCAGACGCUGGGCUGGCCAGCCAGCAGAGGGGCCUUCAGAAAGAGACCCAGAGCAAAUCGUUUGGCCUGAGGAAGAGGAUGGUCCUGGGGGAGCUGAGGAGGCUUCAGGAUGCUGUUGAAAAACAAGGCCUGAAAGAGCCAACCAUGCCCGCUGUGCAGCACAUGCUUCGUAGUCUGGUGGACUUGGAAGGACAGCUUCACACUCAACAGUCGGAGGUCCAGAGUCUCCGUGGACUGCAGGAGCAACAGGGUGGAGAAGAGAACCUCCUCCAGGAUCUGGAAGCUCAGUGGGAAGAGACUCAGAGAAUUUUCUUUGACAGGAAGAAGCUCUGCAAUGUUCUGCUGGAGCUGUUGAAGAAGUUUCAGACCUGCCGCAGUCACCUCAACACCAGCAUUCAGAAAGCUGAGCAGACCAUCGGUGAUCAGGCCUCCUACAUGGGCAAGGAUUACCUGCAGAGAAGUGUGUCAAAGGUUUGUGAAAUGAAGGAGGAGUUGGCUGGUCUUGCUGAGAAGAUGGAGGAGAUGAGGGCUGCUUGCAAACAACUUCAAUCAGAUCUGAAGAAAUUCCCAGAUUGCACCGAGACUCCCUUUGAGGCUGAGGCUGAAACUUUGAUGGACAACUGGCUCGAUGUAACUGAAAAGACGGAUGCCUAUUUGGAUAACCUCCGGGUGGGGCUGGAACUCUGGGAGAAGCAGCUGAUGUUAGGAGGAGAGGUGGACAGCUGGGCUGGAGCUAAACUUGCCUUGUUUGCUGAAGGAAAUCCCUUCAACAACGAACAACAAGUUCUUGCCUUUAGGGAUGAGAUUCACUCAAAUGAAGAGAAUAUCCAACAUUUUCACAAGAAGUCAACUGAAAUUCAGCAGAUGCUCCAGAGUCAGGAGGCUCCUUUGGAACUCCAGGUGAUGGAGACCCAGCUGAAGAAGAGAAUGGAGCAGGUGAAGGAACUGUUUACCGACUGCACAGAUGUUUUUGAGGAAAUCAUAGCUGUGAAAAAACAUCUGUCUGAGAAGAUAGAGGAGUGUCAGACGGCUGUGGAUAAUAUUCAGAAGAGUCUCAGCAGGACUAAUGCAAAAGCAGAAGCUCAGAUACAGGACCUCUGUGCCGACCUGAACUCACAGGAGGAGCAGGCUGAGGCCGUGCUGAAGGAGGUGGGCUUGGUGUCCAGUGUAGCCAGUCCACUGGUGCUGGAGGAGCUAUCUGCAGACUGCAGCAGGCUGACAGCGGCUAUUGCCCACACCAAAGAGUUGAUCCACAUGAAGAGGGAGGAGAGGGACAAAGGCCUCGACAAGGUCAUCAACGAUGAAAGGGAACUAUUUGAGGAAUGGUUCCAGGAUUUACAGCUGUCUGUCAACGAGUGCUUUGAGAGCCCAGAGAGCAGAACAGAUGUGGAAACAUCCGUGCAAAGACUUACAGGUUUCCUCAAGUCAGAAGAUACAGAAAGACGUCUGAGCCGGCUAAGUGAUGAGCUGGAGAGAGCAAGGCAGCAGGUUCCUCCUCAGCAGCUCUCAGAGUUAAUGGACUGGCUGAAGGAGCAGCAGGAGGAGGUGGCUACAUUCAGGACCCACUGCCAGAACCGCCAACAGCAGAUGGAGUCCCUGCUGGAUGACUUGAAUGGCCUAGAGAAGCAGCACGGAGAUCUGAGUGACUGGCUGCAGGACAAAGAGAAGCAAUCAGCUCUACCAGAGAACAGGAAGCUUCUCCUCAAAGAACUCCAGGAUCACAGUGGGAGAGCUGCAGCCCUCAGUGAGCUCCUGGCAUCCAUACGCAGGCAGGGUGUUAGAGCUGAAAACAUCCUGAAAGAUGGGGACAAUUUGUUACAGCGCUACCGGAACCUGGAGGCGCGGUUGCAGAAACAGGCUGCAGACCUCGACGUUCUGGAGGAGAAGUACAGCAGCUUUAAAGCUCAGGCAGAGAGCACCAGAACCUGGAUUACUGACCUCUCCCAGCCUCUGACCUCAGCAGGGUCCGACACAGGGACUGAAGAGAUGAAGCGCAGAUCUCAGGCUAUCCUAAGCUGCAGAGCUGAAGGAGAGUCUAAAAUGAAAGACCUGCUUGGAGAAAUGGAGAAGCUGUGUAAUCAGGAGGACCCCGAUGGAAGGAGGACACUGGAUAUUUGUCUGUUGGUCAGAGAGAUGCAGAAUCAGUGGAGAACAUCCCUCCAGACUGCAGAGGAGGCUCUCAGGAAAGCAGAGACACAAGCCAUGGUGGAAGAGCUGCUGGCUGCUUUCCAAACCCACAGUGAACGCUUUGAGGCCUGGAUCAAAGACCAGAGAGAUGUUCUAGAUUCUCACAUGGAAGCUGAAGAAACCCUCCAGAAAGCAGAGGCCAUCCUGAGCUCCAGGCCUCAGGGGGAGUCCAGGCUGCAGGAUCUGAAGCAGCAAUGCCAGAAGAUCUGUGAGAUCUUAGGCUCUGAUGACAACCGGAGGAAAGAGAUCUGUGAUGUUGUGGAAUGCAUGGAGGAGCAGUGGAGGAGUGUCCUGCAGGACGCUGAGGUGACUGAGAAGAAAGCGACAAGCCAAGCUGCCACUGAGAGGGAGCUGGAGGCUUUCAAACAUCUGGAUGAAAGCUUCCAGUCCUGGAUCAGAGAGCAGAGGCAGAAGCUGCUGGGGCUGGAUGCUCGCCUGCCCUUUGAGGAGCGCUGGCAGGCUGUGCAGGCAGUAAUGAGGUCCAGACCUGAAGGAGAGUCCAAGCUGCUUGAGCUGCAGGAGCAAUCAGCCAGUCUGUCUCAGCAGCUUGAGGAGAGCAGGCAGGCAGAGGUGGAGCAGCGGCUGAACGUUUGCAGACAGAUGUGGGGCGGUCUGCUGCAGACCUGCAGACAAACAGAGCUCCGCAGUCUGCUGGACGACUUCGACCACCAGAGCAAAAACACAGAGUCCUGGAUUAAAGAGAACCAGAACAGGCUGCAGUCCGUGGGCCGACACUGCCCCCCUGAGGAGAGACACUGCCGGGCACAGUUGAGAGAAUUGGAAACCCAGCAACAGGACACUGACUGCUGGCUGGAAUGUCUGCAUCAGCAGCUGGACAUCCUGAGAGGGAAAAGCGACGCUGAGGACAGACUUCUUGCCGCCCAGACCAUCAUGAGUUCCAAGGCUGAAGGUGAUUCCAGGCUGAAGAACCUCAGCAGAUGUCAGAGGGUUUGUUCUCCGGAUCUUGAUGAGCAGAGAAAGAAAGACAUCCUGCAAAGAAUACGAAACUCUGAGGAUCUCUGGGCGAAGCUGCUAGAAGCUGCUCAACAAGCAGUGAGGGAAGCUAAAAGGCAGCAUGCUCUGGAUCUCCAACUCCGCAGCUUUGAUGCCCUGAAGGAAAGCUCCAGCAGCUGGCUGGAGGACAAGCAGCAGAUCCUGACCGCUCUGGAUUAUGAGACUGAUCCAGAACAAGCCAUAAAAACAGCACAGAACAUCCUGAGUCUGAAGCCUGAAGGAGACUCCAAACUGACCGAACUGAGAAGAAAGAGUCAGACUUUGUCUGAGCAGAAAGAUGUUUCAGAGCGCGCACGGCUGGAGGCACAGAAAGCAGCAGAAGCUUUAGAAGAGCUCUGGAAGGCCGUCCUGCAGACAGCUGAGGACACCCAGCUGAAAGCUGAGCGCCGCUACCUGCUGUCCAGAGAGAUGAAGGCCUUCAAGAACCAUGCUGGCAGCACUAAGAGCUGGACUGAAGGGCUGCAGGAACAAGCUGAUUCUCUGAACGACUGUAUGCAGGGCAGUCAGGCCCAGCUGGAGGAAAGGCUGAACACUGCACAGGCCAUCCUGAGCUCCAAGUCAGCAGGUGAAAGUCAAGUGAUGGAGCUGAAGAGACGAGCGCAGGCUCUCUGUGAGCACACAGACAUGGAGGAAGACGGGAAGCUGGAGGUUCAGCUGAUGGUCCAGGAUGUGGAGACACGAUGGGGGACCGUUCUGCAGGUCGCUGAGGAGACUCGGAGCCAGUUGCAGGCUGUUAUGGAGAAACUGCUAUCUUGCAAGUAUGAGAAAGACCAUGCUGAGGCCCGUCUGGUAGAGAUCCAGAAGCAAACAUCCAACCUUCCCCAAGUAUUCCCUUGGCCAGGCCUGGGAGAGCGAAGGCAGGCCGUGGACCAGGCCAGGAACCUCCUAGACCAGAGCACAACCUUGGUCCCUGUGCUGUCAGCUGUCCGCUCACAGGCUGAGGAGCUGUUUGAAAUGACAAAGGACCAAAGUUGGACCGAUCCUUCUUGGACAGCCUGGGAGGAGGCCAUUCCUGCUCUACUGACACAGCUGACCGAUUUGGUGACAAACUUGGAAGAGGGAAUUGAAAAGGAGCGACAAUGUGCAUUGCUCAUUGAGCAGCAUGAAGCAGCCCAGGACUGGCUGAGGGAGCAGGUCAAAGGCUUGGGACCUCCACCUGCAGACAGACAUGGGCUCCACAACGCUGUCAACACCCUGAAGGCUUUGCUGCAGACAGUGGACAGGGAGCAGAGGGAGAUGGUGGAGCUGGAUUCUGCCAAAGACUCUUUGCUGAUUCUCUGUACUCCUGGAGGUCAAGAUGCCCUCACACUUGAGGUCAGCCACCUCCAUGAGCUGUGCUCCACCUCAGAGCAGGAAGUAAGUGAACGACUGCAGACCUGCAAAGGUCGGUUAGAGGAGAUGGACCAUGAGUUGGCCCGGGUGUCCCAGGAGCUGAAGGAGAGAGCAGCUGCGCUUCAAUGGGAGCUCCGCUCUCUGGACCAGGCGUUUAGCUACAGUGAGCCGCAGAACAACAUGGCUCAGCUUCAGCAGCAUUGGCAGAGUCUGCAGAACUGUGAGGACUCGCUGCAGGACUUGGGGGUCAAAGUUCAUGAUCUUUACCAAGAAGUAAAAUCAGCAACCUUUACCAAUGAGCUUCCUUCAGAGGUUAUCAGUUUGGUUGCUUCUUUAUGCCAGCAACAUGCCAGUCUGGAAUGUAGGCUCAGUGACCACCAGGGGGCGUGCUCUACCAACACAGCUCAUUAUCUGAAGGACUGUAUCUCUGCCAUGCAGCGCUGGAGCCACAGCGACCUUUCAGGCUCAGCUUCUGCUCUGCAGGUUAUUUUAGAAGAAAGUGAGAAGCUGCAAAACAAUCUGCAAGAAGCUCUUUCUCAUGAACAGUUUCUUACAUACUGCCUGACAGCAGAUUUGUUUGAGAAAUUUAAGAAAGAGUGCUUAGAGACCCUCGGGAAAGUAGAAGUACACAAGGCCUUGCUAAGUCACAGAUUGAAGGACAUUGAGCAGAAAGACAAACAGCUGCCUGAUGAUUCCACCUCAGAUGUUAAACUGUUGGACACCAAAACUGCUGUUGUGGCGCCACCGCGUAAGAACAAGCGUCCCCAUGAGAAGCAAAGUGUAGCAGAUAAAUCCACAUCUUCUCUGGAAGAACUGUCAGUUGAGGAAAUGCAGAUAAAAGUGCAAACAUGUGACGUCUUAAAACAUCCCACCUGUGAAGAACCUUCACCACUACCACCAAGAAGAAAAUCAAAGAGUUUUGGAAAAGAAUCGGGUCCUAAAAAGAUGGACUCUGAAGUGAAGAAAGCCAUAGCAAUCCACAGCACUGAUGACACAUGUAGAGAGCCACAGGCCAAGAUAGAAGAAAUCAGUAGUGAGGCCAGAAAUCGAGCAGUACCCUCAGAGACAAAUGAUGCUGAAUCAGAACCAGAUCAGGAAUGUCUGAAGAAUGCUCCAUCUGUUGUGGAGGCAGAUACAGGUGCUGUGCAUGAUUCACAGUUUGUUCAGGACCACAAUGAUCCGUCUCUUAUGGGACAACAAGAAGUUUUGCCUCCCAGACGGAAAUCAAAGAGUCCAAAAUUUACCCCCAAAAAUCUGAACCAACAACCUGAGACCAGUAAUGGAGAAGAAUCCAAACUAGUACCAAUCAGAAGAAAGUCAAAGUCUGCCACCCCACCCGUAACUUCUAUACCAACUGCUAUUGUUGGCAGUAGUACAGUGUCUGAACCUGAAGAUAAUAAGAUCACACCUGUCAGCUCGGAAUCUUCAGACAUCCACAUUGAAACAGAAACAAGAACAACCACCAAUGCAGAGAUAGAUAAACCUCCAACCAAUGGAAAAUCAAAAAACAAACUAUCGGAAAUUACUGAUAAAAACCAACCUAAGGCUGGUGUUACCAAUCCACUACUUAGUUCUGAAGAGCAGCAACUUAAUGUUGUUGGAAAUGCUGCAGUUAUACCAAGUGGGCAAAUUUCAAAGAGCCUUGAAGAUUCUGCAGCCCCUGAGCCGGUUUACUCUGCCAGUAGAAUCCCAGGUGUGCACCCUAAGGGGACCCAACAUGAAGCCCUGAGGUGCUCUGCCACAGAAACCUUUACAGUACAACAGAAAAGUAAUGUUCUGCCACCCAAGAGAAAGUCAAAGAAAACAGAACCUUUUCUUGUACCUCCUCCUAAGACCGAGGAUGAGCCUGAAGGUGGUAAACCUCCAGAGUUUUCAACUUCAGAUGAGCACAAAGGAUUAAUUGAACCUUUCCAGAUGGAAAAAGGAAAGACUUCAUCAGCCACAAGGACCUCAGGAAUCCUGGAACCAUUGCAAGACCCCCGCGCUUCAGAUGGAACAGAGAUUGCAAUUUUAACAGAAACAGUUAAGAGAGAAUUUCCAAGUAGUGACCUUUCAGCAGCCGUCCAGUCUGUGACCCUUCUGGAGUCUUGUGAAACAAAGGAAGUACCUGAAAGUGUAGGAACUUCUGAUCAGGAAGAGCAUGGGUUCUCUCCAACCACAAGGUCAAAUAUUCCUGAAAACCUUAACAAGGAAGAAACAGUGGGCAUGCAAAAUGUUCAGAUAACAAAAGGUGAAGAUGUCUUACAAACCCAGUUAGCAGGUUCUGACAGUCUGCUUCUUCUAGGCCGACAGUUGGUCACACCAUCAACUGAAACAAACUUCUCACUUUUGCCUGAGACCACAGAGAAAUCCAAAUCUCCAAGUUUCAAAGAGCAGGUAGCCAUUGUUGAUGCAAACAAGGCUGACAUUACAUCAACUAUACUUACAGAAUAUGAUAAUCGGGAAACUCAAAGUGAAGAGCAAGUUUUAGUGGAAGAUGGACAGGCUGAAAUAUUAGCAAGCGUGUCCAUUAAAUCUUUAGCAAACAACGAAAAGUCAAAGAAUGGGAAGCUUUCUGUUGAAAACCUUAAUAAUGAUACAAUUCCAACAAAUGUUGAGUGUAAUAAUAAAAGCUCAAUCCAACCUUCCACUGAGCAAACAGAUUUUAUGUUGGUAAUAACUGACCCUGGUCAAACAAGGGAAGACCCUAAAAGAGCUGAGCCCUCAGCAGUUCUGGAUUCACAAUAUAAUCCUGAAACAAACGCCGAUAUAGUCACUAAUGAAGCUAAAAAUGAGCAUGACGGUGCUAAACCAACCACAGCUAUGAUGUUCCUUACAACCAAGACAGAAAAGGAUGGCGUGGACAGUAAAACUACUACAGAAGAUCUAAACUCAGAAAAUGAAGAUGUUUUCCAAGACCAGAAUCAACAAGAAAUUCCUACAGUUGUGCCUCAAAACCUGGAGAAAGAAUCUUCAGCCCUCUCAGUAGUACCCUACAAAACUUGCAAACCACGAUUACAGAUUUUAGAGAAGACCGUGACAGAUGCUUCACGGCAAACAGAUGCCCAAUGUUCAGAAGUAGACUUGGACAGCACUUCCAGAGAGCAGUUCUCUACUCCCUCUGACUCUACAGAUGGUUCUACGGCCGCACAGUUACAGCUUAUGGAUGAAUGGUCUGGUGGUUUGCAGGCAAAUGAAACAGAAAAGGAGCCUAAUACAGCGAGAGCCUCUUACACCCAACAACCAGAUGCACCAACAACCAAUCAGGUGAAAUGUGACUUAUUCACAACACCAGCAAGUCCCCUAGUUGCCCGAGUCCCUCCGAAAAAAGAGGAACUAAUGGACAUGAAAGCAUCAGAGAGUCAGAUAACAGAAGAGGCUGCUGGGGAGCUUCCAGCUUCAUGGAACUAG